AUGUCACACACAUACAAGUCUGAUUACCCUUCAGAUCUGACUACAGAUCCUGAGAUUGUCCAGUUCUUCGAGGACUUUUACAAGACCUCUGACACACCUGGCGCCCACGACAAAUAUGUUGACCUCUUCACAAAGGACGCAAAUUUCGUACUAGCCUCUAAGCGCAGUGUCGGGCAUGAUGAAAUCACAACGACAAGGCAUGGCAUGUGGACUGCUGUCACCUCCAGAAAACACACCAUCCCCAAGAUCUUCCCUUUCGGAAAUGGGACCAAUGAGUUCAUGCUCUAUGGCUCGGUUGCGUUGGGCUUGAAGAAUGGUGCUGAGGCAGAAGUCGACUGGGCGGCAAGAGCUCAGGUUGUUAAAUCACCCUCAGACGGCAAAUGGAGGAUGUCUUUCUACCAAGUAUACUUAGACACUGGAGCCACGGCUGCCUAUGCUAAGAAAUGA